AUGAAUGAGUCAGAGCACAAGAUGCAAAUUCUCAUCCUUAAUAACAACUUUUUGUCAAAAGUUAUACCUGAUUGUUGGAUGAAUUUGAAAUCCUUAAAAGUCUUGAAUUUAGGUAACAAUAGAUUCACGGGUAAGCUUCCAGCUUCUAUUGGGACUUUAGGUUCUCUUAAAUGGUUAAACCUUCGCAAAAACCACUUUUCUGGAACAAUUCCUGUGUCAAUCAAAAAUUGUACAAAGAUGGUGUCACUUGAUUUGGGUGAAAAUGAGUUUGUUGGAAAUCUCAAGGUGUGGGUUGGAGGGAGAUUUUCAAGAAUGAAGAUUCUCAACCUUAGAUCAAAUAAGUUUUGUGGCCAUUUACCAAAAGAACUUUGUAAUCUCCGUUCUCUACAAAUCUUAGACCUAGCAGAUAACAACUUCUUUGGAACCAUACCAGGAUGCAUCAAUAACUUCAGUGCCAUGAAGACAAAGAGCUCCAAUGAGGAAAACAAUAUGAAUUAUGAACCUGAUGAAGGUUAUUUAUCAACAUAUUUGGAGAGUGAACUACUUGUGAAGAAAGGUCGCAUUGUUGAAUACAGCACAAUUCUAAAGUUCGUGAGAGGAAUAGACCUUUCAAAAAAUAACUUCUUUGGACAGAUUCCUAUGGAAGUGACAAAUCUUUCAGAAUUGCAGACAUUAAACCUAUCACACAAUGGUUUUACUGGAAGAAUUCCGGAGAACAUUGGUGCUAUGACAUCUCUAGAGUCUAUCGAUUUCUCCAGAAAUCAACUUUCAGGUGAAAUCCCACAAAACAUUUCAAGUUUGACAUUUUUGAGUGACUUGAACUUGUCCAACAACAACUUAACAGGAAGAUUUCCUUCAAGCACUCAAUUAAGUGGCUUUGAUGCAUCCUGUUUGACAGGAAACCAACUUUGUGGGCCUCCACUUCCUAAUAAUUGUACAAUCAAUAAUCAGAACAGAGGAGAGAAAGAUGGUAAUGAAGAUGAAGUGAACUGGUUCUUUGUGAGCAUUGCACUUGGAUUUAUUGUGGGAUUCUGGAGUUUUAUAGGUUCUCUACUUGUCAUCCGAAGAUGGAGAUACUUGUAUUGCCAAUUCUUGAAUAGUCUCCAAGACAAACUGGGCAGUGUUGUAAGAAAAUGUUACUAG